UUUAGAACUCCGUUUUUGAUCCUAUUCGGGACUUCCUUGACUGACGUCACUCAGAAGUGGACCACGCAUGGGCGGAGCUUUCCUGAAGAUGGCGUCGCUACGCUGCCGGCGAGACCCGUGCGGCGUAGUCUGUCUGAUUUUGACGUACUUCAGCGUCUUCUACGCGGACUACGUGGUGGUGCAGUACGUCCUCAUCCCGGCGUAUUCGGGCAGCAUUUGGUGCAGCCUGCACGGGUCCGCCUUCAACGUCAUCUUGCUGCUCCUACUCGCCUGCCACUCCAAGGCGGUCUUCUCGGACCCAGGUGUGGUGCCGCUACCAGACACGGCGCUCGACUUCUCCGACCUGCGCUCGCAGUCUUCGCGGAUGAGCGACAGGGGCUGCGAGGGCUGGACCGUGUGCAGCCGCUGUGAAACCUACAGACCGCCGCGGGCGCAUCACUGCCGCGUAUGCCAAAGAUGUAUACGCCGCAUGGACCAUCACUGCCCGUGGAUCAAUAACUGCGUCGGAGAACUGAACCAGAAGUAUUUCAUCCAGUUCCUCUUCUAUACGGGCGUGGCCAGCGUGUACGCCACGCUGCUGGUGGUGUCGGCCUGGGUGUGGCGCAUCCGCAGCGAGAGGGACGGCGGCGGCGAGGCGGACGACGCGCCCGGCAAGCACUUGAUCGUCGCGCAUUACAUCAUCCUGCUGGUGGAGUCGGUGCUCUUCGGCGUCUUCGUCCUGGUCAUCUUUUACGAUCAGUUGGCGUCCAUUAUCGCCGACGAGACGCCCAUCGAGCAGAUGAGGAACAGGCUGCUGCUGAUGAAGGAACGAGGCUCGUCGUUAUCGUCGUCGUCCUCGCAGCCGCCGCCUCACCACGCCACGCGCAAGCCCAAGCUGGCGCUGCUGCGGGAGGUUUUUGGACGAGGUUCCGUGUUGUGCUGGCUCCUUCCACUCUACUCUGGCGGCCCGUCGGUCGGAGGCGUGGCCUACUCGGCCUUGCCUGACUACGACGUCUGACCUCGGGAGAUCUCUCCGGACUCGUUGGCCGCUCCCGACUCGCCGGGUUUUUUGCAACCUCGUUUACUGAGCCGUCGUAUUGACGUCAUCUCGCACUGAAAAGAAGAAAUGCCUACUGAGAUUCCUUUUUUUUUUUUUUCUUGAGGGGGGGUAAUUUAUUUAUUGAUGUUUUUCUGGCCCAACGAGGUGUUUCUGACUUGAACUGUGUUGCACGCAAAGUUGUGUAAACCUUUUUUUUUUUUGUAAAUCGAUGAAGUGGGUUUGUUGAUUAAUUCUUCUUCAGUUCUGCUACCAGUGGGAAGGAUCACGGUGGCCGUGUCUACGUUUUUAUACUGAUAAGGCAAGAGGACCUUCCAUAUUUGUAAUUGGACAUUUUCUACAUUUUAAAUCAACCGCUAAAUGGCGUGCGACUUGCCUGAAGUCGCCCUAUUUGUGCAGUCUUGCUCCUCAACGUCUCGAGUGCUUUUAUGAAGUUUACAUUUCUUUUUUUAUUCCCGGAACAUUGAAUAUAUUGACACAGCAUUGAAGUGACUGUGCGUGUAUGACUUGUUUUAUUUAUUUAUUGACUUUUGGCCACAAAGCUGUAAAAUAAAAAAGGAUGAAGUGCGCUUAAAUAAACAGUGAUUGCUUAAUAAGUUAAA